AUGAAAAAUUUAGACUCACCGUAGCUGGAAUCCGAUUUCUCAAAGCCAUCGUCAGCCUCUGUCCUCGAAAGAAUCAAAGUAGCUCAAAAAAUAUCUUCCAAAGGAGCCGAAGCCUGUCUCCAAAUUCCAAACAACAAACUUUUUCGACAACCGACUUUGUUUGAAUUUGUUUGCUGAGCUGAAGUUGCUGACUACUACAUGGGUGAGGUGAAACAAGGGGAAGAAGACGAGGAACACGCCGGAAGUUGCAAGCCCGAUGUAAAUCGAAGUUCACCGAAUCUUACCGAUUCGAGAAAUCUCACCCUGUGAUUGGUCUGCGAAAGAGCUGCAAUCGAUUGGCGGAAAAUAUUAAAUACCAUUGCACUUUGCAGAUGUAUUUGUUUUGACACUUUUGCCAAAACUCAAAAUAUUCCUUACUGGCAGCUAUAGGCGCUACAGGACAGUCAAAGUGAAGAAUAAAACUAUGCGUAAAUGUUAAAGAGUUCAAUAAACUAAAAGCUGGAUUUAAUUGGAAUGUGCGAUACUCUGUGUAUUUAUGGGUUUAAUAAUCACUUCUUCAAGAUGAAGAGGUUAAGUGCUCCGAAAAUGUGACAUGUGUCACUUCUGAUAUUAUUGCCAUUCGAUUGUUGCCGAAAAACAGUUUUCAGUUCUUGUACAUGCACUUUUAAGCGAUUUUCGUAUCGAAAUGUCGAUCAAUGCUGAUUUAAGGCUGAAACGAGCAAGUAAAAUUUAUCACGAAGGGGAUAUUGUUACGGGAUUAAUUUUAAUUCAAACUAAUUCAGAUAUCAAACACGAUGGUAUUUUUCUUACGAUGGAAGGAUGUGUCAAUUUACAGCUCAGCUCCAAAACUGUUGGCAUAUUUGAAGCGUUUUAUAAUUCUGUCAAGCCGAUACAAUUGGUGCAGUACACUCUAGAUGUUGCACCGUCCGGAAAAAUCCCCAGUGGAAAGACCGAAAUUCCUUUUGAACUCCCACUAAAGCCACGAGGUAGCAAAACUCUUUACGAAACUUACCAUGGAGUUUUUGUAAACAUUCAGUACAUGAUUCGGUGCGAUAUCAAAAGAAGCUUUCUAGCAAAAGACGUGACCAAAUCUCUGGAGUUCAUUGUAGAAGAUAAAACUAGUCCUAAAUUGGCUAAAGAGCAAAUAAAACCCGUGCCAUUUAAAAUAAUGCCAGAGUCUCUUCACAAUGCGAGAGAUCGAUCUAAUUUACCUCGAUUCUGUAUAUCUGGCAAAUUGAAUUCACUGUCCUGCAAAUUGUCCGAGCCCUUGACAGGAGAGGUGGUAAUUGAACACUGCGAAGCUGUGAUAAAAUCAAUAGAACUGCAGCUCGUGAGGGUAGAAACUUGCGGAUGUGCUGAAGGUUAUUCGAGAGAUGCUACGGAAAUACAAAAUAUACAAAUUGGCGAAGGUAGCGUUUGUACCGGUCUUCCAAUACCGAUUUACAUGAUAUUUCCACGUCUUUUUACGUGUCCAACUCUAACUACGAGCAAUUUCAAAGUUGAAUUUGAAGUAAACCUCAUUGUCGUGUUUGAGGACGAUUAUCUGGUAACUGAAAACUUCCCCAUAAUUUUGACAAGAAACUAAUAAGAAAAUUAAAAAAGGGAUGUAUUAGGGGAGACUGACGAUAAAAUA